AUGACGACAGGAGACUCUGGAAAUCUCAAGUCUGCAGCGCUGGAAAAAGCCACGUUCCAGCUUGCUCUUCUAGGCACGAAUCCCACUGCUUUUAUGUACAUCAGUCCUGCCCCCGGAGCACUGCCCCCGGAGUCCUGCCCCUGGAGUCCUGCCCCUGGAGUCCUGCCCCCGGAGUCCUGCCCCCUGGAGUCCUGCCCCCGGAGUCCUGCCCCCGGAGUCCUGGCCCGGGAGUCCUGCCCCCGGAGUCCUGCCCCCCGGAGUCCUGCCCCCGGAGUCCUGCUCCCGGAGUCCUGCCCCCGGAGUCCUGCCCCCCGGAGUCCUGCCCCCUGGAGUCCUGCCUCCGGAGUCCUGCCCCCGGAGUCCUGCUCCCCGGAGUCCUGUCUCCGGAGUCCUCCCACCGGAGUCCUGCCCCUGGAGUCCUGCCCCCGGAGUCCUGCCGUCAGGGGACCCUGA